AUCCUCACCCCGCCCCCCCGCCGCCCGGCUCCAGGCUCGCCGGCGGGGCUCCACUAUGCCAGACAGUUUCGACACUUUGCAAAGACAAAGACCAGAGCGAGGCGGACGAGGAGCUCGGGAGGAGGCGAGCGCGCGGAGCGGCCACUCUGCGGGGCCGGGGCGAGAGCUCGGGACACCCCCUGGAGUCUCCGCCGCAGCCCCUGAUCCGCCGAGCCCGAAACUCCAGCGAGUCUCCAGCCGCGCUGGUGCCAUUUUCAGACUGCGCCUUUCUGGACUGGAAAAGCCAGUGGAAGCAACUAGCAUCUCCAGGGGCUGUGGCCGACUCUGAGCUGGACACCAGAUGGACGUGCCUCUGGCCUCUGGAGAUAAAGAAACUGCGACUCAGAGAGGUUGAGGAACUCCCUUGAGGUCACACAGCUGAUGACAGAUGAGCCUCUGUGCCUUCCUGCAGCCCGCCGCUUGACCACCGCACCUCUGUAUACAGUGGGAUCAGGAAAAGUCCGAACGAAGGAUCAUCUCCCACACUCCUUCCUGGAAGACGCUGGAAAGCCCGCUUUGCUUUGCCCUGCACCACGACCUGUCCUCCGAGGUCCUCACCCCGGAGGCACCCUGACCACCACAAAGAUUAAUCAGCCCGCGGGCCCCGUGGAUGGGAAAGGAAGUCACUGUUAAGUUUGAUUAAAGCCUCACCAAGACACAUUUUCUGCUGUUCAAAGGCUGCUGACAGAGAACGCUCUUUCAUUUCCCAAAACCAGACAAGUAUGCAAAAAGAUCCCACCCGCCCUGAGUGGGCCGCAUAACCUCUGACUGUCACCUGGUGAUGUCCAGCAGGUGGGCCGUGGCCCCGCGGAAGUGAGGCCCCCUGGAGCAGAGCGGCCUCAGUCUCCGGGAGCCCCCACCUCGCCUCGUGACCCAAGCCUCAUUUCUGGAUGUUUCCUCCCGAGUUCUCCCUGUGAGGACGGGGCCCCCCAGCCCGGCCCCCCAGGUCCCCGCCAGGUGAGCAGAAGUGGCAACCAUGAGGAGAAGCGUCCUCAAAAUCCUCACCCUGCUGGUCUUCCUGGUCUUCGUCACCUCCUUCUUCCUGAACUUCUCCCACACCGUGGCGACCACCACCUGGUUCCCGAAGCAGAUGGUCAUGGAGCUCUCCAGGAACUUCAAGAAGCUCAUGAAGUAUCCACACCAGCCGUGCAGCUGCGUCCGCUGCGUCGGGCAGAGGAAGGUCUCCCCCUGGUUCGACGAGAGGUUCAACGAGUCCAUGCAGCCGCUGCUGACGGAGCAGAACGCCUUCUUGGAGGAAGACACCUCCAGGUGGUGGCUGAGGCUCCAGGGGGAGAAGCGUCCCAGCAACCUGAACGACACCUUCAAGGAGCUGUUCCAGGUGGUCCCGGGGAACGUGGACCCCCUGCUGGAGAAGAGGUCGGUGGGCUGCCGGCGCUGUGCCGUGGUGGGCAACUCGGGCAACCUGCAGAACUCCUGGUACGGCUCCCACAUAGACCAGCACGACUUCGNNNACAGGAUGAACAAGGCCCCCACGGUGGGGUUUGAGAGAGAUGUCGGGAGCAAGACCACCCACCACUUCGUGUACCCCGAGAGCUUCCGGGAGCUGGGGGAGAACGUCAGCAUGGUUCUGGUGCCCUUCAAGACCACGGACCUGGAGUGGGUGGUCAGCGCCACCACCACAGGCAGCAUCUCCUACACCUAUGUUCCUGUCCCCAAGAAGAUCAAAGUGAAAAAGAAUAAGAUCCUGAUAUACCACCCGGCCUUCAUCAAGUACGUCUUCGACAGCUGGCUGCAGGGCCAUGGCCGGUACCCGUCCACGGGCCUCCUGUCCAUCGUCUUCUCGCUGCACAUCUGUGACGAGGUGGACUUGUAUGGCUUCGGGGCCGACAGCAAAGGGAAUUGGCACCACUACUGGGAGUACAACCCUUCAGCUGGGGCUUUUCGAAAAACCGGGGUGCACGACGGAGACUUUGAGCACAACGUGACGGCCACCUUGGCCUCCAUCCACAAAAUCCGCAUAUUCAAGGGCAGAUGAUGCCACGAGUCUCCGGGACUGGUACCCCAGAGCACGCCUCUUCACCACCAGCCUCAGCUGCUCGCUGGAAGCCUCGUUCUGGGAGCUUCGGGGGUCCGUCUCGGGGUGUGUCCGGGGGCCCCCACGGCCUCUUGUGUCCCAACGUUAGGCUGUGUCCAUCCAGCCAGGCCCAGGGGCCUGCCAGGGCCUGCGGGGCCAGUCUCAGAGCUGGUCUGGGUGGGGAGGUCGCUCCGCUGCGGCCCCAGGACUGGGGGAAGGUGGGGAGACGCAGCGGCCUGGUCUUCAAACAGCGCUUCACUUCGGCCUCGGGCACUUAGUCGGGCAGGUGCUGAAGACCCGGAGCGCCAGGGGAAGGCCGGUCUCCAGGGAAGACCGGGCGUCUCCCCUGCUGCGGAGGGCCGACUCAGACCGGGCCCUCGGAACCUUUCUGAGCGAGGGUCCUCCAGGACAGAGUCACGUGGGCAAUGGGCACGAGGCACCUUGGGUCUCCGCAGGACACCCGACCUCCCUCCCACGCGCUGCAGGAACCCCGUCUCCCCUUCUUCCCCACUUUGCCUGUGGUAACCAGGAGCAUCUCCCCACCCAGAGGUCGGCACAGACACCGGCCGAGGGCCUCCGAAACCGUGGCCUGUUCUUCCCCAGCGGGCCCUGAACCGUCGCUCCCGGGCAUGAUAACCCCAGAAAGCAGCCGGACGACGCUGUGUGCCCUGAGCUCGGGGAGCAGAGAGGCCUCAGUCCCCACUCGGAAGGGGCCUGCCCUGCCCCGCGGCCGGGCUCCUCAGCCUACUCUCAGCCGGACACAGCCUGACUGACGCUCCGCACCACCCAGGACACCACCGGGAGCGUCCGCCCCAACUUCACAGGCGGUGGGGUCCGAGGCCCCGGCCUGCCAGCCACACAGCGGUGCCAACCCCCCUCCCCCCCAC